AUGAAAUAUUCAGUGAUAAGUGUUUUAUUCGCACUUUUUUCUACCGUGUGUGCGCUACAUCUUGAUAUGGUUGCUCAAACUAUACCAGAACAAGUGUGUAUCCGUGACUUUGUCAUGCAAGGUCAAUUGGUUAUCGUUUCAGUCACAUCAGAUGGGCAGGUCAAUGAUGGCCAGAUUUUAAGUUUGGAUGUCUUUGAUCGUAUGGGCAACCAGUAUCGCGAGAAGAAAGAUUUUGCUGGCAAUAUCCGUGUCACGUUUACCCCCUCUUACACUACCUCAUUUGAUAUCUGCUUGAAGAACGAAGCUCAAAUCGCUGGUAGGUCCUUGUCUCGUCAGGUUGAGGUUGAUAUUGAAAUAGGCUCUGAAGCGCGUGACUGGAGUAGAAUUCAAACAGCAGAGAAGUUGAAGCCGGUUGAAGUUGAAUUGCGUAAGAUCGAAGAAUUGACCGACGAAAUCGCAGAUGAAUUCAACUAUCUGAAGUCAAGAGAGGAAAGAUUGAGAGAUACCAACGAGUCCACUAAUAGAAGAGUUAGAAACUUCUCUGCCCUGGUCAUCUUCGUUUUCAUUUCGUUGGGUGUAUGGCAAAUAAACUAUUUGAAGAAAUAUUUUAGAGCUAAACACAUUAUCUAA